AUGUUGUUGCUACGACGACUACUGUAUCUUACGGCAGUGUUUUUGAGUGUUGCCUGUGUGUGCGUGGCGGCUGAAGAUAAUCUUCAAGCCGAUCUUACAGAUCCAGGUUCUCCAGGUCCAGCACCAUCACGAUCUGGUGGUGGUGGUAACGAUGCUUGCUCUUCAGGCUCUCCUGAUCCCACGUGUAAUGCCGCCCAUAGUGACCCAGAAGCUUCUCGUACUAAUUGUGUUGAAUCUCCUGAGAAGGACGGUUGCACUCCUAAGGAGACUAAGAAAGAAGUCAAUUGUGAUAAUGGUUCUGGUGAUACAUGUCCGAACCCACCACAGGAACCAGGUCGAACUACACCUACUCCACAAGAAGAAGUUCAUCUAAAUGGUAAAACAGGUUCCCCUGGUGCUAGUGCUGAACACAGAGAGGCUGCGGCUGGUGAGGCUGUUUCGGGUGUUGUUUCUUCUUCUUCUGAACCUCCUGCUCCUACUCCUACACCUCCUGCUGAUCCUAAUCCUCCUGAGGGGAGUGCUGUUCAGUCUUCAGAUGAUGGCCAAACUGGAAUCAAGGGCAACAAUACACCACGUGAGGGUGGAAAUGGAGAUAACAAUGGAAUUACGGCAACACAACCUUCUGCUGACUCUCCUAACACUUCGGACACAGUGAGUGGUGAUGGUUCUGAAAGUACAACAACUGGGAAUGGCAGUACAACAACGGGGAGUGAGACAAAGAGUAAGCCAGAAGGUGCCGUGGAAAAUACAGAUACCACUACUACAACACUUCCUCCUGAACCCACAAAUAACAAGAAGGGUGAUGCAGACAGCAGCAGCAGUAUCAGCAGUUCUGUGUGGGUGCGUGUACCACUACUGAUUGUGGUUACACUGGCCUGUAUUCUUGUAUGCUGA